AAAGACAAAGUUUAUCAUCCAUGAUCCAUAAUCCAUUCAAUCUAUUUUUCUCUCUAAAUUUAAGAUAAUCACGAAAAUCUUAUUGAAGAAUAUAUCAUAAUUUUAGAUCAUAAUAUAUGGAGAAGGAUAAGUGUAAAAGUGAUGAGCAAGAACAACUGCUAUUGAAGUUAGAAGAGGGUAACACUGAUUAUGAAGGCGGUGCCACCUUCGUUCUCUUCUUUAGCGUCUUUAUUGCCAUAUGUGGAUCCUUCGUUUGCGGCUGCGCUAUGGGUUAUUCCUCCCCCGUGCAGUCUGGAAUCGUUGCUGACUUAAGACUGUCCACAGCUGAUUAUUCCUUGUUUGGAUCAAUGUUGACUGUUGGAGGAUUAUUAGGCUCAUUAGUUUGUGGUAAACUUACAGAUUACAUUGGUCGUCGAGGCACUAUGGGGUUAUCUGACAUACUCUACCUCAGUGGAUGGCUUUUAAUAGCAUUUUCUAAGGGUGCUUGGACUCUUGAUAUUGGUAGACUAGCUGUUGGUUGUGCUAUGGGGCUUACUGUUUAUGUGGUUCCUGUGUACAUAGCAGAAAUUACUCCAAAGAACCUUCGGGGAGGGUCUGUGCUUCUCCAUCAGUUCAUGUUAUGCUGUGGAAUAGCACUAGUUUACCUUUUAGGACUUGUGACAACCUGGCGUAUCUUAUCUUUGAUAGGUGCUUUCCCGUGCAUCAUACAGUUGUUGGGCUUAUUUUUCAUUCCGGAGUCUCCUAGGUGGUUGGUAAAGGUUGGUCAGGACAAAGGGUCUGAAGCUACCUUGCGACGACUUAUGGGGGAGAAAUCCGAUAUAGCUAAAGCAGCAGCAAAAAUCAAAGACUAUACUGAAGCUGUUGGAUAUGUAUCAGAAGAUAGCUUCUUUAGUGUGUUCCAAAUGAAAUAUGCUUACGCGCUUAUGAUAAGUCUUGGGCUCAUGGCUCUAGCAUCAUUUGGUGGGACAAAUGGGAUUUUGUUCUAUGCAGCCACAAUAUUCAAAUCCGCUGGAAUUUCAGGUCCUUUGGGUACCGUAGCAAUGGCUCUUAUUCAGCUUCCUCCCACAUUUUUGGGUGUAUUUUUGAUGGAUAGGUGUGGCAGACGACCACUUUUGCUGUUUUCUGUGACUGGAAUGGGAACUGCUUGUCUAUCAGUAGCAGUAUCAUUUUUUCUGAAGGAAAAGGGGUGGAUGACGGGUUUUAGUCCCUAUUUGGCGCUCAUUGGCAUUCUGAUCUUUUCUGCAACAUAUCCUGUAGGAAUGGGAGGGAUACCAUUUGUUAUCAUGUCAGAGAUAUUUCCGAUCAAUGUGAAAGGAGCAGCUGGAAGCUUAGCUACAAUCGUCAGCUGGUCCAGUGCUUGGAUUGUCUCUUACACAUUUAACUUUAUGAUGGAUUGGAGCUCAUCAGGCACAUUCUUCAUAUUUACAAGUAUCAAUAUUUUGUCUUUGCUAUUUGUGGCAAAACAUGUUCCUGAAACAAAGGGACGCACGUUAGAAGAAAUACAAGAAUCACUUACGAGUACUUUAUAUUAGAACUAUAUGUACAUGUCGUAAUAGGAGAAAUUAUACACGUAGAUAUUUAUAAUCAAUCCUGUUAUAGUUAAUACAAUAGGUUUUUUUCCCGAUAUAUGGUUUGGAGUUUAGUAGUAUAUAUUUCCAACCUAAAAUGUACAGUUUGUAUGAAGUUGGAAUUCUUUGUAAUGCUGAGCAAUAAAUUUCUCAUGUAGCUCAUUGGCAAAUUAAUUUGCCAGGGCAAUUGUAUAAAUGUAGUACAUAAUAUAUACAGUUGUCUGUAAUAUCUUGAAAUGAAAAUUACUUAUUGCUGGUC